AUCUUAAUGGCCGCGCGGUCACUCUAUUUUAAUAGUUAGGAAUAAACGAAAGUUAGUAAUUUUCACAGAAAAAAGUUGAUUUACUUAUAAGCAUAAUAGCGAAAAAAAAGUUUUAAUUUAGUUUAGUUUUAAUUUAAAGAGCAACUAUCAACAGAUUGACACUUUAAAUUCCAAAAUUGGAACACUGAUUCGCCAAGAUUCCGGCCACAGCUCCCAGGACGAGAGCCGCGAAACGACGCCACCUGGAAAGCAGCAGCAAUACCCUGUCGCCCGCGCAGCAAUCACCACCUAGGGUCAUUGCCUCCUUCAGCCCAGCACCACUGCAGGGACAGCAUCCUCCAGUGGAAGAAGGCAGAAGGCCAUUGCCACCACCCACCGCCACCACGAUGAACCGCUCCGGCAAUUCCCAGACCACACAGAAACUCGUCAACCUGGACGAUAUCUGGAGCGAAUUGGUCGAGGGCAUUCUGCAGGUGUUUGAGCACGAGAAGUCCCUCACUCGCAGCCAGUACAUGCGUUUCUACACGCACGUUUACGACUACUGCACCAGUGUGAAUGCGGCUCCAAGCGGACGGAGCAGCGGGAAGACCGGCGGAGCCCAGCUAGUGGGCAAGAAGCUGUACGACCGGCUGGAACAAUUUCUGAAGUCAUACCUGAGCGAGCUGCUUACCAAGUUUAAGGCCAUCAGCGGCGAGGAGGUGCUCCUGUCGCGCUACACCAAACAGUGGAAGUCGUACCAGUUCUCCAGCACUGUUCUGGACGGCAUCUGCAAUUACCUGAACCGCAAUUGGGUGAAGCGCGAGUGCGAGGAGGGGCAGAAGGGUAUCUACAAGAUCUACCGACUGGCCCUCGUCGCCUGGAAGGGGCAUUUGUUUCAAGUGCUAAACGAGCCGGUCACCAAGGCAGUGCUCAAGUCCAUUGAGGAGGAGCGUCAAGGCAAGCUCAUCAACCGGUCGCUGGUCCGCGACGUUAUAGAGUGCUACGUGGAGCUCAGCUUUAACGAGGAGGAUACAGAUGCCGAGCAGCAGAAGUUAUCCGUCUACAAGGACAACUUUGAGAGCAAGUUCAUCGCAGACACGUAUGCCUUCUACGAGAAGGAGUCGGACGCUUUUCUGUCCACCAACACGGUCACCGAGUAUCUGAAGCACGUCGAAAACAGGCUGGAGGAGGAAACGCAGCGCGUUCGCGGCUUUAAUUCAAAGAACGGUCUUUCCUAUCUGCAUGAGACCACGGCGGAUGCGCUAAAGUCCACAUGCGAACAGGUUCUUAUCGAAAAACAUCUGAAAAUAUUUCACACCGAGUUUCAGAAUCUGCUCAAUGCAGACCGAAAUGAUGAUCUGAAACGGAUGUACUCCUUGGUCGCCCUCUCGCCCAAAAACCUGACAGAUCUCAAGUCCAUCCUUGAGAACCAUAUACUCCACCAGGGCACGGAGGCCAUUGCAAAAUGUUGCACUACCGACGCGGCCAACGAUCCCAAGACGUACGUCCAGACCAUCCUGGACGUGCACAAGAAGUACAACGCCCUUGUUUUGACGGCGUUCAACAAUGACAACGGAUUCGUGGCUGCCUUGGAUAAGGCGUGCGGAAAGUUUAUAAACUCGAACGUGGUCACAAUCGCAAACAGUGCUAGCAAGUCGCCCGAGUUGCUGGCUAAGUACUGCGAUCUGUUGUUGAAAAAGUCAUCAAAGAAUCCAGAGGACAAGGAGCUCGAGGACAAUCUUAACCAGGUGAUGGUCGUGUUCAAGUAUAUCGAGGAUAAGGACGUCUUCCAAAAAUAUUACUCCAAGAUGCUUGCUAAGCGCUUGGUAAACCACACAUCGGCUUCGGAUGACGCCGAGGCUAUGAUGAUCUCCAAGCUUAAGCAGACUUGUGGCUACGAGUACACCGUUAAGCUACAGCGUAUGUUCCAGGACAUUGGCGUCUCGAAGGACUUGAACUCGAACUUUAAGCAGUACCUGGCCGAGAAGACCGUGACCAUGGAAAUUGACUUUGGAAUCGAGGUCUUGUCCUCAGGCUCAUGGCCUUUCCAGCUGAGUAACACCUUCCUGCUUCCAUCCGAGCUGGAGCGAUCAGUGCGACAGUUCAAUGAGUUCUAUGCCGCCCGCCAUUCUGGUCGCAAGCUCAACUGGUUGUAUCAGAUGUGCAAGGGCGAACUGAUAAUGAACGUCAACCGCAAUAAUUCCUCCACCUACACCCUGCAGGCCAGCACCUUCCAAAUGUCAGUGCUGCUCCAGUUCAACGAUCAGCUCAGUUUUACGGUCCAGCAACUGCAGGACAACACACAAACGCAGCAGGAGAACUUGAUUCAGGUAUUGCAAAUACUGCUCAAGGCGAAGGUGCUGACCUCCAGCGACAAUGAGAACUCGCUGACGCCCGAGUCGACGGUGGAGUUGUUCCUAGAUUACAAGAACAAGAAGCGCCGAAUUAACAUCAACCAGCCUCUGAAGACUGAACUUAAAGUGGAGCAGGAGACUGUACAUAAGCAUAUAGAGGAGGACCGAAAAUUGCUGAUCCAGGCGGCGAUCGUCCGCAUCAUGAAGAUGCGCAAACGACUCAACCAUACACAACUCAUUUCGGAGGUGCUUAAUCAGCUGUCAACGCGCUUUAAGCCUAAGGUGCCCGUAAUCAAGAAGUGCAUAGACAUCCUGAUCGAGAAGGAGUAUCUAGAGCGAAUGGAGGGACACAAAGACACAUAUAGUUAUCUCGCCUAAGUUUAUGUUAAUUGUACAACUUUCGCUGUUUCAUCUAUGCCAGCCAUUAAAAAUAUCAUCAAUAUACUUAGAAUCGUGUGGACCCUCCGCCAACCUCCCAUCCCGAAAUAAACUGCCGCCGAAACAUUCGAACUGUUAGCGAGCUAAAAAUACUCCAUGCUUCGCAUAAUAUGUGCAAUUCUCGCCAACGCGUCACUACUUCAUCUUCCGUCUCUCAGCACCCCAUGUAAAGAAAAUGCCAGUCGCAGGGAUCAAGUGAACCCAUUGACCAGAUUACAGCUCAUGAGUCUGGCCUUUGUAAUUUCAAUUUCCGAUGACAUCCCAGGUUCUCAGCCUGCAAUAGACGUCUGCAGGGGCUGUGCGGUAUACAUACGUAUGUGGCGAUUUUCUUUAAUACCCAUUGUUCGAUCAAUAUUUGUUUUAACUAGCUUACGUUUAUUCAUAAUUCGCUGUAUGCAUAUACGAUUAUUAUAAUUCUACGAAGCAAAAAAGUGUUAAGUUCAUAAAACUAUGUACGUUUACCUUUGGUGCGGUCAUUUUUA